AUGGCUUUGGCCCUCCCAGCCAAUAGCGCCACAGCACAGCCGGAGAGCGGUCAGCAUCAUGUCAAGCAGGGGACCUGUGAGGUGGUUGCUGUGCACAGGUGCUGUAACAAAAACCACAUAGAAGAGCGAUCACAAACAGUCAAGUGUUCCUGCUUCCCAGGACAGGUUGCCGGCACCACUCGGGCUCAGCCUUCCUGUGUUGAAGCUUCCAUCGUGGUUCAGAAGUGGUGGUGUCACAUGGAUCCCUGUUUGGAAGGAGAGGAUUGCAAAGUGCUGCCAGAUGACUCAGGUUGGGCCUGUAGCAGUGGCAAUAAAGUCAAAACUACAAAGGUCACCCGGUAGCAGAGGGAGGUGUGUGUCCAUCUCGGAGGAGCGACAGCCAGCAGAGCUUGCUUGGAUCACCGUCCGGCCUCGUUGUGGGAAACUGUCUUGGAUUUCAGCAGCUUCAUCUGGGCCUGUGUGUGCUGUGAGGAGUGCACUCGGUUUCCUGCCCCUGUCCCCUCUCUGCUUCAUCAUUUUGUUACCUGGAAUUGUGACAGGGGCUGCUGCACCAGUGACAGCCCGCUGGAGCUCCAGAACGCACCUCCACAGAGCGCAGGGGACGAGGAAUGCACCAGCCGCGGAAUGGGCCGCCCCAGAGCACUAGCGGCCUUUACAAAGAAAUGUGGACACAGGUUCCGCUUGGCCUCCUCUUUCCUCUUUGACCUGUUCCGUUAGCCUUGCGUUAAAGUGGUUUGGAAGGGAUCUAGGUAACAAAAGCUAUUUGCAGAUGUAGGUUAAUGAACGCUGAUUCACUAGUGAUGGAGACUUAUUUUAUAAACCUUAAAGAAUAGCAGGACUUGCUGGGGUUAUUGUGUGUGCAUUUUAUUUUCGCUUUUGAUGAUUGAAAUGUUUUCUAUUUUAAGUUAGAUUAGCAGAACUGAAAUGUGGGUACUUUAACUUCAGUGCACCAUUGUGCUGAGUGCUAAGGAAGCAUAGCUACUCUGAUGUUUUAUUGCCAAAGCUUUAUUGUGACAUAUUCACAAAAGAAAGAAAACCUCCUGGGCUUUGGAUGGCUAAUGUGUAGUCACAGAGGUAAACCAUUUAAACCGGUGUGGCUCAGUAGUUGAGCAUUGACCUAUGAACCAGAAGGUCACAAUUCGAUUCCCAGUCAGGGCACAUGC